AUGGCUGGAAGAGGGGGUAUGGACCCGCGCCUCGACCCGCGCCGAGAGCUCUACCUGCCCGCCGCCUUCGACGGCGCCUACGUGCUGCCCGACGGCCGCUACGGGCAGGCAGUCCCGCAGUAUGGGCCAGGCGGCUCGUGCAUCGGCGGCUCGCAGCCGAUGAUGCACGCCGUCGUCCACCCGCCUCAGCAACGUAUGUCGCGUGUGCGGCUGCAGGAUGCGGCCGGCAAGGACAUAUCGAUGGACGAUCUGCGGGACGGCGGCGACGGCGUCGGCUGCGAUGGCGCUGUGGAGGCCGCCGAGGCCGUGGCGGGCGACGCAGCGGCGGCGGGAAUGUGGCAGGUUGCGCCCGGGGCCAUGGCGCCGAUGGGCAUGGUGCCUCCGAUGGCGCCACCGUUCCUCGGCUACAUGCCAGGCAUGCAGCGCUGGCAGCACAUGGAGAUGGGCGCCGCGAUGCACCCUGGCAUGCAGCACCACGCGUAUGUGCCGAUGGCGGCGCACGGCCGCGGGUUCGAGCCGCCGGGUGGGUACCAGCACUCGCAGGCGCAGGCGGGACACCUCGCCGACGCCGGCCUGCCGGGGUACGGGAGGCCGAUGGCGGAGUGGAACCAGCCGCUGUACCCGCCGCCGCUGCCGCAGGACGACGGGGUUCGGCCCCACGCCCUGCCGCCACGGCCGCCACCGGCCGAGAGGCCGGAGGCGUCCUCCGCCGACGCGCCGCCGCGUGUCGACCUGGGGGCGGCGCGCCCGGACCACCCGCGCGUGGGGGCACUCUCCGGCGCCGACCCCUCCACCCUCGCCCGCGCUGCUGCCCUCUCCGCCUCUCCGCAGCACUCGGUCAGCGCCGGCAGCGGCGGAGCCUCACCCGUCGGCGCCUCACCCGCCGGCGGCGCGCUGCCGGGCGGCCUACCGGGAGGCGGCUCGCCCCUCACUCCCAUGCACCCAGGGCUGGCGGCCAUCCCGUCGCCGGCAGUCUCGCCCGCCCUCGCCCGCGCGCCGGCGGCGCACCCAAGCCUGCGCCCUCCGCCCGGCACGCCGCAAGACAUGACCGAGAGCCUGCGCGCGCUCGGGCUCGAGCCCAGCCCGGCGGACGAGACGGCUGCGUCUGCCGCGGCUGCCCGGCGGCUCCCCGCUGCCCCAGCCCCGGAGGGCGGUAAGGACGUGCUGGUGGCCGCGGGCGCGCCUCCAGCCAAGCCAGCACACUCCGGCAUGCCCGUGCCGGACGUGGCGCACGUGCCGCAGCUGGCCGGCCGCCCGACAGCUCCGCACAUCGCCCGCGAGGCCUUGAGCGCUCCCGCCGCGGCGGCGCGGGGGGCGGCGGCCGCUGCGCCGACCCCCGCGCCCGCCGCCGGCGUGAUUGGCGCGUGCGUCAGCUCGGACCCGGCGUUUCCUCCCGCGGGGCAGCACCUCUUGUGGGACGAGCUCGGGGGCGAGGGGCGCGCCGCGGCGCUCGAGCUCGGGUGGGAGAGGGUGUCGUGGAACUGCGGCGAGCGGGCGAGGGCGUGCGCGACGCGCUGGCGUGCGCUCCCGGUCGGCCAGCGGCGCGCAGCCUCUGUGCUCGGGUACGGGGAGGAGUCGUGGGACGCCGAGCUCGCCGCCGACAUAACGAUGCGCCAGCGGGCCGUCGCGCAGUCGGCUGCGCCGCAGAGCGACGCCGCCGCCAGGAGGGAGGCCGAUGCCGUGUCCUCGCCGACGAUGCUCGGCGCCAUCCGGACCGCACACGCCACGUACGCCAACCACUCCCUCGCCCACCCUUCCGCAGAGCCGGCCGCCGGCCGCGACGCCGACACGCCGUCGAGGCAGCGAGACGCGGGGCUGGCUAGGGACCCUUCCCCGCCGGAGGAGGCCCUCUCGCAGGGCGAGGGCGAGAACGGGGCGCAGGAGGCCGUGGGCGCGCCUCGCUGCGCAGCCAGGGCGGCGGAGGCGUCGGCCUCGAAGUGCGUCGACGGCGCCGUCGGAGAGGUGGCCGUCGCCGCCGCGGGCCGCAGCGUGGCGAGCGACGGCACCCGCGCGCAGCGGGCACGCGCGGACCGCGUCGUGGUGCUUCACAAGCCGACCCGAGACGCGAAGCUCGGCAUCACGCUCAAGGGCGGCGGCGGCUCGCCCACAGAGGUGGUCAGCCUCCAGCCCCAGAGCGUCGCCGCGGCGUCGGGCGGCCUCGCAGUCGGAGACGCCCUCCUCUCUGUCAACGGCACAAGCGUCACUUCGCACGAGAGCGCGACGGCGAUGCUGCGCGCCGCGAAGGGCGAGGUGCGCUUGCGAGUCGUACCUUCGCGCGGCACCACCGCCACCGCAAGCGAUAGCCCGCCGCCUCCGCCCGCCGCCGCGGCCAAACAGGGAGCGGCGACCCCCUCUCGGAGUGCGCAGCCACUCGAGAGCGGUCGGCCUGGCGACCCCGCUACCUCCGGCGAGCCGCUGCGGCUCGUCACGGUCAGGCUGUCCAAGGACGACGCCGCCGCCGUCGCGGGCGGCUUGCGCCUGGUGGGGCAUGCUGGCAGGCCGCCGUACGUCGCGCAGUUGUCGGGCAGCGCGGCGGCAGUGGCUGCGUCUGUGGGCGUCGCCGUCGGGCAGGCGCUCGUCUCUGUGAACGGACGCACCGUCAGCUCCGCUGCCGAGGGCUCGGCGAUGCUGGCCGCGGCCGUCGCGGGCGUGACGCUCGUCCUCGAAGACGAGGAGGGCGAGGAGGUGCGUGCGGGCGGCCGCUCCGGCGCACCGGGUGGUGUUGUUGCGGAUGGAGUUGCUGCGGGCGGUAGCGCUGCGGGUGACGUUGCUGCGAAGGCGCCGAAGGAGAAGCCGCGGCGGCCUUCCGGCAACGGCGCUGCCACGGAAGAGGCGGCGAAGGCGACGAAAGGCAAACCGGCGCCGCCGCAGAGCACCGGAGCGGCGGGCGGUCCGAAGGGCUCCAAGGGCAAGCCGACUCCUCCGCCGCCGUCGCACACCAGCGGAGCGGCCGAGGGCAGGCCGCGGCAGCCGGAGAGCACCGGCACCGCCCUCGCAGCUGCGGCGGCGGUAGAGCCGAGGGUGCAGGCGACGCCGCCAAAAGGCGCUGCGGCGGGCGACGGCAAGGGUGGCGCCAAGGGCGGCUCCAAGGGCGGCGGUUCCAAGGGCGGCUCCAAGGACAAGCCGACGCUGCAGCCGCCACAAGGCACCAGCUCCGGCGCCGCGACCGACGCGGCUGGGACGCAGGAGCCGGACAAGAAGCAGAGCAAGCCGCCCUCAAAGUCAAAGGGAGUGGCAGGAACGAGCACGCUGUCCACCCCCGUGUCCGCUCCCGCGGCGAGGCCCGGCGUGGCGGCACCCGCCGACAAGGCGAACGCGGCGGCGGCCAACGGCGGGGCCAACGGCGGGGCCAACGGUAACAACGGCGGUGCCAACGGUGGGGCUGCGGCAAAGGGGAAGCCCGCCUCCGCAGGCAAGGCGGCGGGCAAGGCGGCGGGCAAGACGCGUGCCGCGGCGGCGACGAGUGCAGCGCCGGCGAAGCCUGACAGGGAGGCCGCGCCCACGGCUUCCGCAGCCUCCCCGGCUGCCGCUGUUGCCGCGGCUGCGGCGACCAGGGCAACCCCGCUCGCGACAAAGACGAGGGCGGCGGCCAAGCCCUCAGGCGCGACGGCCGUGCCAACGCCGCCGCGGCCCGAUGAGCCGCCGCUCGUCACUCUACCGCCCCCGUCCUUCAGCGACGGCCGGGAGUCAGUGCCGGGCAUGGCAGACCUGUUCGACUGCGACGAGGCGCUCGAGCCGACGCCGCUGCCGCCGGGAUCGCCGGAGGACGCGCCGUCGCCUGGCCGCUUCGCCUUCAAGGAUCCACCGCCCUCUCGCGAGGAGGUGGAAGCGCAGCAGGGGGCGCCAGCUGAGGCUGCUGACGGUGGCGAUGCGGGCAGAGGGGGGUCGCUCGUGCCGGAGCGAAUGCUGGGCGUGGCCGAGAGGCUGCGCCUCCUCGACAGCAAGGAUGACGCGCAGGAGAUGGCGCGCCUCGGCAGCCUCGACCUGAUGGGGAUGACGGCGCAGGUGCGCGACAUCGAGCAGGUCGCGCUCGAGAUGGCACGCGACGAGGGGCGCGACGACUUUCGGGUGCGCGCGCUGCUGCGCAACAUCUCCGGCCUGUCGCCCGACGAGGCGCUCGCGGCGGAGCGCCACUCGCAGCAAGAGAGUGAGCGCUCGGAGCUCACCCGCGCCUCGCCCGCGCACGCACAAAUCUACACGGCGCAGCAGCGGCUGCAGUCCAUCAUGGGCCUGCCGCAGUGCGCGCGGGCGAGCUCACAGGAGAGCACCGACAGUCUGGGCGGCGUCCACACCACCGGGGGCGGCGACGACGGAUGCGCCCAAAUGGUCGCCACCAGCGGCGAAUCUUGCGCCGCGGCGGAGGCAGAGAGAGCCACGGCUGGCAUGGGAGCAGCACCAGUCGUGCAGCGCAGCGCAAACAGCUUGGCGGCGAAGCUCGCCUCGCAGCAGCAGCAGCAGCAGCGCCUCUCCGACUUGCGAGCCCGCCGGCUCGCGCUCGAGGGCCGGCUCGACCAGCUCUCCGCCGACCCGGUGCAGCAGCAGGCGAGCGUGGAGCGGCUGCACUACGGCCAGCCGUCGGGCUUGCAGUAUGUUUCCGCCGCGGACCCGCACGGCGCACGGCGUGGCGGCUACGGCAGCUUCGGCGCCGGCUGCGGCUCCGGGCCGUGCGCCGGCGGCUGCUAUCCUCCGGGCUACGGCGACAGCGUCGGCUUCACAGCGGCGGGCAGCGGCUACGCGCAGGCGGUUGGCUCGAGCGGCAGCUGCAUGGCGCCGCCGGUGAACACUGCGCCCGGCUACGCGCCCUCGCAGAUGGCUGCCACGUACGCAGCGGCGCGGCAGGUGUGGCAGCAGGCGCAGCCGCAGCAGGCGCAGCAGCAGCAGCAGCAGCAGGCGCAGCAGCAGCAGCAGCAGCAGCAGGCGCAUCCCGGCAUGACGCUGGAUCAAAUCCAAGCCAGGCAGCAGCAUCAGGCGCAGCAGGCGCGGGCGCAGCGGCAGCAGGCACAGCAGCAGGCGCAGCAGCUCGCACAGCAGCACGCGCAAACCCUGCAGCUGCAGCGAGCGGAAGCAGAGCUCGCGAGGCGCAGCCAGGCGGCGCAGGCCCUCAAGCAGGGCUUGGCGCCGCAGCAGUACGGCUUGCCGCCGCAGGCCGUGACGUCCCAGCCGCUGGGCUGGCGCCCGCCCUCUCCCUACCCGCCGUCCAGUCAGGCGGGCUUCUCUGCGCAGGGCCAGCACGCUGCUCUGUCGCCCGCUGCCUCCCCACGGCCCUCUCCUCACGCCGCGCCGCAAAACCUGGCUACAGGCACCGUGCCCACCUGCUCCUCCGCGGCACGUCCGACCGGGGUCGCAUCCGCCUUCAGCCUGACGUCCGGAGCGCCGUCCUCCUAUCCGCCGCCGCGCCAGCCAUCGGGUCAGGGUCAGCCCCCGCUGUUGCCGGGCCAAAUGCAGCCGCACCCGACGAUGAGAUAUGAUGGUUGA